GUUUCUAAAUAACAAAAUGGCGGCUUCUAUUAGCGGAAUAUUGGACGAAGAGGAAAGGAAAGCCGUUCUUAAUUCGCGAAUUCUUGUCGUUGGUGCUGGAGGCAUUGGAUGCGAACUAUUGAAAAAUUUAGUUUUAACGGGCUUCAGUAAUAUAGACGUGAUUGAUUUGGACACAAUAGACAUCAGCAAUCUGAAUAGACAAUUCUUAUUCAGGAAGGAACAUGUGGGAAAAUCUAAGGCUAUGGUUGCCAAAGAAAAUGUUCAAAAAUUUAAUCCAGAAGCCAAAAUUGAAGCACAUCAUGAUAGUGUAACAAAUGUAGAUUAUGGAAUAGAAUUUUUCAAACAGUUUUCUGCAGUAUUAAAUGCUCUAGACAACAGAGCUGCACGAAGUCAUGUAAAUAGAUUGUGUCUUGCCUCAAAUGUACCAAUAGUUGAAAGUGGUACUGCUGGUUACCUGGGACAAGUGACAGUUAUUAAGAAGAAUAUAACUGAAUGUUAUGAAUGUCAACCAAAACCAACACAGAAAACAUAUCCAGGAUGUACAAUAAGAAAUACUCCAUCAGAACCAAUUCACUGCAUCAUUUGGGCAAAACACCUUUUCAAUCAGUUAUUUGGUGAAGCUGAUAUAGAUGAAGAUGUCUCUCCGGACAUGGCAGAUCCUGAACUUGGAGAAACUGCUUUUAAAUUGCAUCAGAUGAUAGAACAUUUAUUUGAUCUCCAAAAAGCCAACAUUUCAAAUUUAUCAACUAGAAAUUGUGUGACUGCUGGUGAAAAUGCAUUCCACAAUGUUUCUGAAAAGGGAGAUGUUAAUAGAGUUUCUACUAGAAGUUGGGCAAUGAAAUGUGGUUAUGAUCCUUUAAAGUUAUUUAACAAACUUUUCCAUGAAGAUAUUCUUUAUUUACUAUCUAUGGAUAAAUUGUGGCAAAAAAGAACACCUCCAAAACCUUUAGAUUGGAAUAAUUUACCUGAUGCAGUUGCAGGAACAAGUAAUCAAAUAAAAGCAGGAAUUAAAGAUCAGCAACUAUGGAGCAUUAAGGAUUGUGCAAGUGUAUUUGAACAAUCAUUAUCAAAAUUAAAAAAUAAAUUGCAGAGUUUAGAUGCAUCAGAUAAUUUAGUUUGGGACAAGGAUGAUGACGAUUGCAUGGAUUUUGUUACAUCCUGUGCAAAUAAAUAAGCCCUACAACUACUAUGUUGAUAAACCAUUUUCUCCUUACUAAAAGCAAUUAAUUUUUAUAUAGCUAUGGCUGGUAAUAUUAUACCUGCAAUUGCCACCACAAAUGCAAUUAUUGCUGGAUUAAUAGUAUUACAAUUACUUAAAGUAUUAAUUGGAAAAUUAGAAGAAUGCAGAACAAUUUAUUUAAACAAACAACCAAAUCAAAGAAAGAAAUUAUUAGUUCCUUGUAUUUUAGACAAACCAAAUCCAAAGUGUUAUGUUUGUUCAGAAAAGCCUGAGAUCUCUGUCAGCUUAAAUAUAAAAACUACAUCAGUGAAAAGUUUGGAAGAGAAGAUAUUGAAAGGCCAACUUCACAUGGUAGCUCCAGAUGUUGAAAUUGACGAUGGAAAAGGAACUAUUCUAAUAUCAAGUGAAGAAGGAGAAACUGAAGAUAACAAGGAAAAAGUACUUAGUGAUUUUGGCAUUCGACAUGGUACUCGAUUAAAAUGUGAUGAUUUUCUCCAAAAUUUUGAAAUUGUGCUUAACAUUUUACAUGUUGAUAGAUUAGAUGAUGAUAAAGAAUUUGAAUUGCAUGGAGAAAUAUCAGAUAUAAAACCUAAAAAUGAUUCAAUGGAAACAAAUGAAACAAGUGUAGAAAAUCAUUUUGAAGUGGAUGAUAUGGAUGAAGUGGUGAUAGUCGAAAAUUUUGAGUACAAUGGAAAGAGAAAAGCUUCGACUGACAUCGAUGAUUCGUUCCAUUCAAAGAAACCUUUCUUGGAGCCAACAUGAAUGAAUUUUAAAGAAAGUGUUCGAAUUUUGUGCCUUUAUUGUUUCAUCUAGACACAUCUUGUAUUUAUCACAUCAUCAUUACAGAAAAAUAUUUUUAAAAUUGUAAGAGUAGCUCUAACUUAUGGUGGAUGUGGCGUUCUUUCCAUGCAAAGAUAAAUUUAUGACUUUUGUUAUAGCACCCACUCGAUUCGGUCAGUGUCGUAUUGGAUUAUAAGUGACGAUUCGAACGAUCAGAUACAUACAUGCACCUCGUUAUUGAAGAACCCCCUUGUGACUUCUUUCGUAAUUGUGAAAUUGUUUAGUCCAAAUAUUUACUGUAUUUAUAAUAGUAACUGAUACUAAUGAUGAUUGUGCCAAUUUAUGUAAUUUCUCUUUAAAAACUUGGAAAUUAAAAUGAAAUAUAUGUAAGAAUGAAAGUACUUUAAUCUUUAAUAUAGUCUUUUGAUUGUAAUCAUUAUAGAUAACAUAAUGAUACAUUAGCAUAAAAAUGCAUAUAAUUAUUAAAAUUUGAAAAUUAAAAAUGAUAAAUCGAACAACCAUAGAAACCUUCCUACUGCCCUGUUAGAAAGCAUAUAUUGUAAUCAU